AUGUCCCAAGACCAGUUGGCACUUACGCUUGACUCAGACGACGCCGAACUUAACGAGGGCAGUUCUGCUAUUGUGAUCCACGAGGCAGCACCUGCUGUUGCUUCCACGAGCGCUAACCCGGCUGUUCCUGAGCAGUUCAACAUUCCUGAGCGCUUUAAAGGCUGGACUGCGGUGGCGGUCAAGGGUUUCCGGGCGGAUUUCAAAUCACUCUUGAAGGCGAAGUCCAAGCUUCAGAAGAUGAAGACGCUUGAUGAACAGGGUGUGCUUCUUCACAGUAUUCGCACCAAAGCAGUUGAGUUCCAGACGAAAUACCCUUCUGUUCGGGAAAAGUCUGCAGCUUCGGUUGCUGCUGUUCAUCUGGAGAAUCAAAAGCGUAUCCAGAAGGACUUCAUCGCUUCGAAGGAGAUGGAGGUCGAGGAGAUUUUGGCGGCUUCUAACCUGCACGUGACGACUCUGGCGACAAAGCUUGAGGACUACCUGAAAAGUCUCUCGGAGAACCCUGACCUGGCGGUAUCUGAUGCUACCAGGGAGAAGUACAGGAAGAUCAAGGGGGCCUGCAUCGAGAAGGCGCAGUCCGACAUAGCCAUCGCCAGGGAUGAGAUCAUCAUCCAGGAGUUGGAACGGCAGAAAAAACGUGAAGCUGAAGAUUUGAAGAAAGCUGCCGCGGCUGAGGAGAUCGACAGAAUGGAGUUGGAUCCGACGGUCGACGCAAUCGUUCAGAAGCACGUAAAGAAGGUCGAAGAUCGGCUUCGCAAGGAGUUCGCGGCGAAGCUGGACAAAGAGCUAUCUGCGAAGCUUCAGAAGAUUGCGUUGGAGAAGAAGGUCUCUCCGUCGGCCACCGCCGCUGACUCUAAGCCCCAGAACAACAAGGCGAAGAAGAAGCGGGGGAAAAAGAAGAAAUCUGACGCUCCUACCGACGGCAAGGGGAAGGGCCAAGCAGCACCGAAGCAGGCCUGGGUUCCAAAAAACGGAGGCGGCGGCCCCGCAAACGGGCCGCCAAAGAAGAAGUAA